AUGACUCGAUUCAAAAGAUUUUCAAUCUUUGGCUCAGGAUCAAAGAGAAACACAACCCGAGAUUUGUUGUCGGAUGAAGAAAGAUGGGCACAAGAAGAGGAAGAAAAGAAGAAACUCCUUCAAGUAUCAUUAAUACAAAACGAAGAGAUGAAGAAGGAUGUUGAAACAUUGUUGGACAACAAGAUGAGAAAUUGGGUGAAUGCAACUGAAAAGAAUAGAUUGUAUCAAUCGAUAGUGGUCGAUAGUUUGAGUGAGGAAGAAAAGAAUCAUGUCAAUUAUUGUCGAUCCAAGUAUUUGAAAUUGAAAAAUCAGAUACAAAUUGGAAAUGAAACAAUUACAAUACUGACACAGAAUAGGACUGUGAGUGAGAGAUUUUUCUACAUGUUUUUCAAUCCAAGUAUUUUAGAGAUACCUGUAGAUUGGAAGGUUGGAUUAAAACCAUUCAUGAAGAUUAGAUUAUUGUUCACACCAGUUCAGGUUGGAGAGGUGACUAAUUUUCAUGCCUUGCUGUUGGUUGGAUGUUGGUGUUUGGAGUGGGAUAAAUCAUCUUCUCUGGUGAUUGUUAAACAGUUGGAUAUUACUAGAGUGUAUUUUGCUAUUGAUUUGGAGAGAUUGACAAGUGAACAAGCUAUUCAUGAGUGCUUUAAUAAGAUUUCACAAGAGUGUUGUUUGUGGAAUGGAUCUAAGGAGUUCAAUGCUAAAUCUUGUAAUAAUCAACAUUUCAUUCUUGCCUUGUUGGAUAAAUUGAAAAUUUCACACAACUUGAAAGGAUUAUCAAAGAUUUAUUUUGACACAUUGCUGGAAAAUGGAUCAAGUGCAAUGACAUUGAAAUUAUCGGAUGAACUGAAAGAACUACUCAAGAUUGAUUCAAUUACAUUUAAUACACAUCAAGAAUUGGACCAAUUUACAAAAACAAUACACGAUUCGAAUCCGUACUAUUUUUCACAAUACAUUUCUGAUGAAUUGUUGUUGAAAUGCUUUGAUGAACAAUUUUGGUAUCUGAGAGAUGCCAAUGCCAACAAUACAAAUGCUCCACUGAUGGAAAAUGAAGAAUGUCAAUGCUACUUUAACAAGAAUCAAACUAAUUAUAACGAGUAUGUCAAUAAGGGAAAGACUGUAAAUAAUGUCUUUUGUUCAAGAAGUUUAAUUCCACCAAUGCCACUCAGAUUUUAA